GUCUCAAAAGCGACAGUCUUGGCCCCGCUUGUCUGGUAUACUCCGGAGAAGUGCCACUGAACCCACUCCUGAUUCUAACGCUGAGGGCUCUGGCCGCCGACCGCUGGUGGGUUAUCGGAAGAUCUCUUGCCAUCCUGAGCUUUCUACGGUAGGCGAAGACUUGGAUAAUAGCAGGGACAGCGAUUUGAAUGCUGAAGACAAUGAAGUACCAAUGGCUGAUCUCGACACUACGAACAUUCUCUCACCUUGUGCGCCUGCCGCGAAAAAACAACGCAGAUCCUCACCCACGCUCUGCCUAUAUUCUCCUGUAGCCGACGAUCCCGCGGCCGCAGAGAGCCUCGACUCCACCACGCCCUUAGACGGUUCGGACUCGAGCGAUUCACUUGUGGUCUCUGAGGAGCGGUACUCGAAUGAAGUCUCGAAAGAACUUCCCUUUGAUUUGCUUCGCCACCAGUCCACCCCAGUGACUAAUGCGAAGAAUGCAAGAUGUCUCCGAUCAAGAGAAGAGUACAAGCAACCUCCUCAACUUUCUCGUUGUGUCUCGGUUCCUGCACCCGUUUGCGCUGAUGGGGUAUGCUAUAAUUGCCUUGUAACAGUAUCUGGUUAUAUAGAAAUCCCGAACAUAAACAUUUCAUUUUCUUUCGAGAUGCAAGCUAGUGUUAACGAGGCUAACUGUAUUAGAAUUCUUUUAAACAGUUUAGUCUAA